CAACACCACUGCCGUAGACCACCGCGAGAACGCCUGCACGCCCGAAUACUUUGUCUUCAACUCUCAGGUAACCCUCAUCCAGAUGCAAAUUUCAAUUUUGCAGUAAAACUAGUGACUCUUCUGUGAUGUUUGGGUGUAAAACUUAUAGUUUGAUCUGUUUUUUUUUUCUCUCCCAGACUGUCUAUGCUGUCGUCCCCCUGAUUUUCUCCUUCAUGUGCCACCCGACCAUCCUGCCCAUGUACAAGGAGCUCAAAGACCGUUCCCGUAGAAAGAUGCAAGGUGUUGCCAACGUGUCUUUCCUGGCCGUGUUCAUCAUGUAUCUGCUGGCUGCCCUCUUCGGAUAUCUGACUUUCAACGUUUCCGUGGAGACUGAUUUGCUGCACACCUACUCCCAGGUCUACGGGUCUAACAUUCUCCUGCUGAUCGUCCGUCUGGCCGUGCUGACCGCCGUCACCCUCGCCGUCCCCAUGGUGCUCUUCCCUGUUCGUACCUCCGUCAACCAGCUCCUGUACGCCUCUAAGGACUUCAGCUGGAUCCGCCACACCAUCAUCACAGUGAUCCUGCUGGCCGGCAUCAACAAGCUGGUCAUCUUUGUCCCAGCCAUCAGGGACAUCUUUGGCUUCCUUGGUACAGCUGCUGCUGCCAUGCUCAUCUUCAUCCUGCCCUCCAGUUUCUACAUCAAACUGGUCAAGAAGGAGUCCAUGAAGUCUGUGCAAAAGAUUAUGGCUACCGCCUUCCUGCUGUGUGGCUUCGUGGUCAUGAUUGGCAGCAUUAGCCUUGUGCUGUAAUCAUACCUGAGUGAGAACAAGCCUCAUCAUCCUGAACUGGAUCCUCAACGUCUGAACGAACACGCUGACGGAUGCUAAACGCCGUUUCUCCCGCUGCGGCCUGCCUGAGGAGAGGAGGCUGUCAGUGCUGGACGGCUACGACUGCACAACCAACAAAGAUCGAAACCUAUUGGAAAAGAAGAAAAACACAAGAACUCGCUUGAUGCUCGACUUUUACUUCCUGAGCGAUAGACGAUGCCAUCCCAAGAGAACGCACUGAACUUUGUACAGGACGCUGCUGCAACCAUGGUGUUUCGCUUGUUUUUUCUCUUUUUAUUAUAACUUUUUAUUAUUGUCGUUUUGUGCUUGUUUUUACCUUUAAUGUCUUUUUUUUGUAGUUAUGGUACAGCUAAUGCUAAAGCUAGUGCUGGAAGCAUCGAUGAGUCCAAGCUGAUAGAAGAGAUUUCUGCACACUUAGAUCUGCAGUGUUUCACUUUAUUUUGAACUUUCAGUCUGUCAGACUUUCAUCACAGCAUACGUAAAUGUAAAACACCUGUGUGCAUCCUGGUGGUAGAAGCUCCGCCUCCUGGGAAAUGCAGUCCCCAACCCUUACAUACACAUGGUCAGCUGCACAACAAUGCAAGGGAGAUAAACAAAGGAAGUAGAGAUGAAGAAUAAAAUAAAACUAUAAAAAUAAUAAGUGGAAGUGGGGCACACUGCUCUUGUUGCAGCUUUUGUCACUGUCCUUUACGUCUGUUGAGUAUUUGACCCUUCUUUUUUCAUAUACACAGUCUGUUUGUGCCACUGUUGGUCCAGGGUCCCUGCUCUCAUUCUUAGUCAGUCUUUCCAUUGACUACAUCUCCUCAACAAUACUCAGCCACUGUCCUGGGCUUGGAGGGUCAUUUUUCAUCCAGUUCCUUGUUAUGGCCUUUUUACAUGCCGAGGUCAGUAUUUUGAAAAGAUACAGGUCCUUUUUUUGUAUAAUUCCUUCUGGGGUCAGACCCAGGUAUGAUAUCCGGGGGUCCCUCGGUAUCUGAACCACUCUGUCCCAGAACCCCUGUAAUUUUACACAUGACUAGAAAACGUGUGUGAUUGGCUCAUCUGCCCACAUUGUCUCCAGCAUUGCGGGAAAUGUAGUUUUUAGUACUGAAUGGAGUACUGUGAGGCAUACAAAUGGAAGCUAUGAUUGUUAUACAAAACAAAAAAGGGGUGAAACAGUGAGUAUGGACAAUAUAGAAAAAACAUAUACAAUCAGGAAGCACUUAUAGUCGUUCCGUACAUAUAUAAAGUGAAUCUUCACCUCUCCUCGCUAUGAUUCCAGUGCAUUUAACAUAUUGAAUGGCCAAGAGGGGCAGAUAUGGAAAGAGAGAUAUGCCAGAUGAUGGACUGACACUUUAAAUACACUUCAGCCUACAGGCCUCAGUCAGGAUUUUGAUAUUUGUGUUAUGAUGUAUUUCAAGAUGUUUCUCUUCUUCAUUUCUUGUGUAGAAUUUGGGGUCUAUGCUUCAUGAUGGCCCUCACCUCCAUAGAUCUUUAUCUAUUUUUGAUUGAGAUGCUUGUUUUUCUUAUUUUUUUGGAUUUAUAAUGGCUUAACCCUGUUCCCUCUCAAAGCCCCAUUUACUAUGUAAUGAAAUAUUACGCAUAUAUGUAUGGCACUACUAUAAGCUGCUUCCUAGAAACACUGUAUAGAUCUAAGUGUGCAGAAAUCUCUUCUAUCAGUUCCAGUACAGCUGAAAAAACAAAUAUUUGAAGGUGUCUCAAAUCAAAGAUGGGAUGGUUGUGGAUGCAGCUCACACUCAGGUACAGUGUUAUGUGUGUGACUGUGACCUCAGAGUUCAGCAACGACAAAAACUUUCUUCUUCUGUUCGUUCGGUUUCACUAACGCUGACAGGGAUUUCCAGGAUUCUGUGCUGUGGUGAUUGUUCUCUGGCAUCACUUCCUGUUUCAGUCAUUCCUCCUCCGACUUCUCUAAUUCUUCUCUUCUUCCUCUUUCUGUCCAAACGAACAGAUGAUUGAAACAGAUUUUACAUUCAAAACAUGAUCAGAUUAUAAAAUCUACUUUAUUACAGAUUCAUUUAACAGUUUAUUAAGUAGUUAAAUCUCCUCCAUCAGCUGCAAUAUUAAAAUGGAUUAGUUAUAAUAAAACCUCUGUACUUACAGUAUGGAACGGAGUCAUUUUAGUAUAAUGGGGUAUUUUUACUCCAUAAACAGACAAACAUUAACGUCCUGUUCAG